CAUUAUGUAAAGUUUAUGGCAGACCUAAAAGAUGGCAGAGACUACCCUUUAGUUACACUCUUUGGAGCUCAGAUUUAUCUAGCUAAAUAACCACUUGAGAAACACUGAUACCUGUCUUCAAACCACUUGUAUUGUAAAUACGGAAUACAGACAAUUCCUAAUGUGAAUCCCUGGUGCUAAGUGAGACAACACUUGCACACCAGUGAAGCUCCAAGAGGUAGGUCCCAGGGAGUGUACAACUAAACAAAGGCAAAAUUCUCAUGGGACUGCGCCAAAGCCAUUAGCUUUCUGAACUCUGGGUUCCAAGCACUUAGCACUCCCAUUUGCUUCCAUUAACUGCGGCCGGUGGUAAAGAGGGCAGCACAACUUGUAACCGCGACAGCAUCAUAAAAACAUUAAGAGGAUAAGCACAUUUCUCAUAAAGAAUCGUAGGGAGCCAAGCGCAGGGUUAAAGCAAUUGAGGCAACACUUCUAUAGCUCUCUGCAGUCCGGUGUAAGUACACCAUGUAUAGAACUGAUUGAUAUACAUCAAUACAGGCAAGAGUUGAAGUACCCAGACGUUCCAGUACAAUGCGCCAUACAUACAAGGGAUGAUACCCUCCUGCUAAAAAAGUACAAUGUUCAGAACGCUGCUAGCCCACUGAAGAGCCCAAUGCCACUCCCAGCACUCUCCUGCACAUUUACCUUCCAAGGAGGGAUUUUUUAGGCUGUGCUGCUGGAGUAAAUCCCAUGUGCUUGGUGUGUAGUGCUUGCCCUCCCAGGACAUAUCGAGUCUAGCACUAGGCAUCAGGCUGCGGGGGGUUUCCCCAUUCGGAAAGUUUAAAAGAGCAGCCGCUCCACCACCAGCUGUGAGCUCCACCUGAAUCCAUAGCAGGGAGCGAUCCUGAUUGGUUACUAUGAAGCACGUGAGCUGCACUCUAUAUUAGGCAAUACAAUGUAACAAGUCCAGAGGAGAAGACCAGGUGAAAGAUUGAGGGAUCAGCAGGUUCCUCAGCUGUCCGGCCAGAGAAGUCUCCCUAGAGAUGAAUUCCUACCUAGAAUACACUUCUUGCGGGGAUGUUUUAGCUUUUUCACCCAAGUUCUGCCGCAGCGACCACAGAAACAUGAACUUGCAGCCUUACCCUAGAAGUGGAGCAGAUCAUUCCUUUAUGCCAGUCGGGGGUGUGCCCGGAUCAGUUGCCCACCAGGCUCCACACCAGUCUCCAGCACUUUAUGCUCCUUGCAGCCUGGAUGUCGCCUAUGAGCCGACCCCACCUUCUGACUACAGUUUCUUGCACAGCAGCCCCGAUUACGAUUAUUAUGGAUCUAAUCACCAGAUAGAAGAGACUGGGGGGCACAUUCCCUAUGGUAGCUCACUAUUUCCAGGCAAUGGAUCUUACAUCCUCAAUGGGCAGCUGAGCUACAGGACUCUUGGAGAAGAAACUCAAAUGGCCCAGUGUAAGGAACCACUAGAAGUUUAUCCUGGGGGCAACUUGCAGAGUAUCUCCCCCUCGCCUGGCACUUACCCAAAACCUGCCUCCCCGGCAUCUGACAGCUAUGUCAGCACGUUUGAUUGGAUGAAAGUUAAAAGGAACCCUCCUAAGAAGAGUAUACCAUCUGAAUAUGGGGUAACAAGUCCCCCCUGCAAUGUGAGGACAAAUUUCACCACCAAACAACUGACUGAGCUCGAAAAGGAGUUUCACUUUAACAAGUAUCUCACAAGAGCAAGGCGCAUCGAAAUCGCAAACUCUCUCCAGCUCAACGAUACCCAGGUUAAGAUCUGGUUCCAGAACAGAAGAAUGAAACAAAAGAAAAGGGAAAGGGAGGGAACUUUGCCCAACUCUCCCCCAUCCGGACCCGCGUCUAACUUCUGCGUAAAACCUCCACAUUUGAAGUCUGUAAAUGAGACUGCGACACUGUCGCCAUCCAAGGACGCUUCACCCUAGAGACUCAAAGCAAGAAACCAAAUAUGUGGGAUUGUCUGCUGCACCCCAAGCAGCCAAAACUAAGGGGACUUUGCACUAUAGUUCGUUACUUGCAGUAUUCCCUAUUGAAUGUACAGUAUCUAUGUAUAUACAGACUUUAGAAGUUCAAUACUAUAUCUAUGCAUUAAAUACAAAUAUAGGGUCUGGGUUGUUUAUAGAGAGAACAACAUGAAGGGUGGAGAUUUACAAGUCCUCACAUAUAUCUCUAUAUAUUUCUGGUUCAGUAUGUAAGAUUACACAUGCCAUGUAUGUGCAACAGAACAAAGUCCUGUAGCCAGACACCCAUGUACUGCACAUACUGUAUAAAGUCACAACUGACAUUACCAAAGAUGGAUAGGAGUCUGCCAUCUCCUCAACUUUAUCGACUGAAUUUGCACUACUCGAUUUUAUGUUGCUGUUGUUCCCUGUGCCUCAAAUCCAUGCGGUUUCUCCUUCUGCAAAACUGACUGAACUCAUUCUGGGACAUACACUAGGAAGCUAUUAUUUUAAGGCGAAUUUUAUAAGAUUUUACUGCUGUAUAUAUCUAUUUUUUUAUAAACUAAUAAAAAUCCAAUUUACUAUGCAA